ACUAUCAGACAAACUCAUAUGCUAUCUACGACUUGUAUCAUAUGUUACCAAUCUGGUUGUUUAAUACGCUAUUUCAGCGAGGUGCCAACACAUAUAUUAGGCCAAAAGAAGCGUCUUGGUGAGGUACGAUAAGGUCUUAUCUUAAGCACAAUGUUGACUAUUGCUGCGAAGGACGCUGAACAAAAUUUCAUUGACGAUGCUGUAGGGAGGCAAUUGAUUAUUUCGAGUGCAUUUAAGUAACAGCCGAGUUAGCACAGAGCCGUUUAACGCCCUAGACGCCCUUUAGACGCGCGUUUAGACGCCCCCUUGUUUAGGAACAACUAAACUCUCGAUUUUUAUACACAUAAACAGCAAAAUACUUGAGGGACUAUACGCACACGUCGCUCAAUUUCUUCGUAGAGCAUUAGAUAUAUUCGCGCAAGUUAUGCGGGAUGUGUUGAAGUUUAUAUUAUAUUGAGCUAGCUAGCUAGAAUCUUUAGAAAACUUUGGAAGAAAAGCGAUCCUUAUUUUUUCAUAGAUAAAUUGUUCUUCGACUGGCACACGAUUAAAAUAGAAAUUUAUUGCUAGCAUUUUAUAAAUGACCUACAUAGAUUGAAAAACAUCCACAGACAAACUAAGAUAGGGCAAAAUCCGAUCAAAUAGUUCUCAUCGAACCGAUUUCAUUGGUUUCCUAUGAAUGCAUCUAUGAAAAUAGGGCAAUCACCUAUCAACAGUGACGCUUCACCAUUUAUCCAUAUUGCGCAUGGCAGUGACAGAAUUUCAUUCUAAUUCAAUCAUAUAUCUACAGUUCCUAAUUUGAGCUAACUAACGAGAUUAAAUUUAGUUUUUUGUAUGAUUAACAAUUCAUAGUCACAUUCAUCGUUAGGUUGAUGAUGAAAAAUGGCCUAAUCUUACCUCAGUGAUAACAAUAAGUGAGCAGCGUUGUUGUGAGAGGCUUCAUCCAACUAACUCUACGCAUUCGCCAGGAUCGGGCUCGCUAUAGGGUGUUAGGCGAGUCCUAAAACCUGUAGCGUUUAGGAAAGUUACGUAAACCGCCACGAUAACAGACUAAAAAAGCAGUCCGUUAAAGCUCGUUAUUUCCUAAUCAUGCGUUCCCCAAUUUCGUGUCCUAAAAGAAACGUGACUCUAUAGCGAAUGAACGUGCUAUCUUUUUGGGCUAAACUGUUCCACUUUGUUUUAACGCCGUAAGGUUGUGCCGCUUUCCGAGCACCCUGUAUGACUGUGCACCAGUUUUGCCUCGGGUACCCAGCCCAAUAGGUUGUUCUCAAUGGGCGAUACAAUGAAUUUUCGAGGAAAAUUAAUACAGUAGACUUAUGUCGUCUUAUGUUAUCGACACAGGUUUACUGAGCCUUUAAGCGAUUGACAGAGCUUAUCUGCUGCCCGGACUAAAGGCUUCGAGUACUCGUAGCAGCCCUGUUACUCAAUCACAGGAUGAUGAUACAGUGUUACCUAAUGAACACUUAUCAUCUUGUAUCUGGCAUACUGUGGCUCUUCAGAGCCAAUGAAGCCAGCCACCGAAAAGUCAUUUUGAUUCAAGUACAAUGGACUUCACUUAUGAAGAUAGGCGCUUCUGAAGCUCCUCCCAAAAAAUAGACGUGAAUCAACACAUCUUUGUUAUCAAAUUGUUCGUCAACUUCCUUUAUAACGAAAUGAACGGUAGGGUUAUCAAAAAAAAAAACCAGUAAAAAUGAAGGCUCUAUUCAGGCGUCUAAGAUGUGUGCGUAUAGCAAAAGCUGUCAAGCUAAAGAACGACAUCUAUUUAAAUAUACCGUUACAAAUCUACUACUAGGAUAUAUCUUUAACUGUAUUGGCUCGUAAAAAGAAUAUAGUUCAUGUCAGAGCCCUCAUUUCGUAGGAGAAAAACGUAGGAUCAAUCUAAUUCAAAUUAAGAGUUUACGAUCUAUUCAUACAGCUGGCGUGCGCUAGUCACCCUAAAUUAUUAUUAUUUUUUUUAAGUAUUUUAUGGUGGUAUAUAUAUCCAGUGUUGAUUUCUCAGCGGCGAUGGUGUUCGGAACGUGCGCGGACCGAUUACUCCAUACAAUCAACGGCCACAUGACUAGCGAGCGUCGUCCACCGACAGCUCUUCAUAAAGAGCAAACAUUGAACCUUGAAGGCCAAUGUGAGUGUCAUCUAAUGUUUGCCCUUGACUGUUUUCACCACAUCCGCUUAUGAUACUGACGGCAAAACUACCGUUGUUGCUAUUACUGCUGCUUCUGUUAUUGUUACUGCUACGUUCAUUCCCAGCCUCCGCCUUGCAGACGUUUGUUAAGACGCUACGCGCCGUCGCGCGAACGAACGACCCGAUUGCGCGCGCCUUUCCGAGUGAGACACGUUGGCUGGUCGACAGUUGAGCUGUCCUUUGCCGUCGAGUUGACGAUAGCGUUGGCAAAAAGUUCAAUAACCCAUGUAUCUAUCCGCAACGGAAGCAAGGCCAGACACUGAAGCCGAUUUGUUGCUGCCUGUCGGCGCGACGAUGACUGCCAUACUCGACGUUCGGCGCUUCCGGCUCGAGUUUGUGCGUGUACUUAUAUAUAUAUAUAUAUAUAUAUAUGUAUAUACGUGAAGCGCUCAUAGUCAGCACCUUGCUGACGCUGCUCUGUUGUAGCAUUGACGAUUAGUUCGGCGGUUCCCAGCUGAUAUUCGUUAGGUUUAGUAAGUUCGUUUUCGAUAUAAAGGAAUGAAAGUCGUUACUGUAGUUCCUCCGCUAAAAGACAGGUCAUAAAUAGCAGCAAUACGUAUCUACAGUAUUCCGCCCUGGUAGCUAUUGGAGACUUCGCUUUAGAUCUAUUCUCCAGCCUAGAUAGCGGCUAACUGCUGCCUACGAUGAGUCCAGUCGGUGGCUAUUCCAACGCUUCGAAAAGAUCGCAGCUCCAUUCGAACGACAAGAACAAUAAGAGACCCCCUGAAUGGUACAGAGGAAGAUUUCUGUGAAUACGAGAAAGGUUAUAGUAAUGGGCACUGUAUUAAGGCCGAAAGCGGUAUCAUGAUGCUGAAAAUCCGGCAGGAAUCGUCCGUUGGUGUCUUUCUUUACGCCAGCAGUUCAUCUCGUUCUGCUAUCUCUCGAAUGUGUCAGUGCGCUGAUCUGUGGCUGGUUAUCUAUCCGUUCGGUAGUGUUGCGCUGAAGGGAAGCUUUCCCUUGCCGGUAGCAGCGACAGUCGCAAAGAAGGACACACCUGAUCAGCUGAUCUGUACUUUAAUCACGAUUGGCUGGCCCAAGUGUUUUUCUGUAUACAGUCAUUCAUAAACUAGAAUUUAGACGAAAACUCUAAAUGUCUGGCGUUACACUUUUCUAGGUAUUUCUCUUUAGUGCCUUAACUGUAGUUACAUUUGCCUAAAUCGGCCACAGUUAUGGAGUCUAUUUUUGCGACCUUUAAUCCAGAUCGUAGUUCCGGCUCGACAACGAUACCUGCAUCUUAAACAGGCCAACCCCCCGAAGCAAAUGCCACAUCAGCCUUGCGAGAAAAUGCAGGCACCGAAAACAUCUGUUUUUGGUCAAUACUUAUUAAUGAGCUGAAAAACUCCUUAGUAUUGAUGCCAAAUCUUGUCAUUAUUUCGGACAUUAAUUUAUGAGGUAGUCGCAGGAAAUGCCUAUUUCAGCAUCUUGAAGCGACCUCACACAACCUGGCCCCCACUUUGUCUGUUAUUAACAAAAUGUGCUAGGCGAUUCUCUGCUGCAGACAUAAUUUCGCAAAAAUUUACCGUUGAAGUAACUGUAUAUAUUUUCAUCUUAAACAAAAUAAUUUAUUGAACAAUCAGCUUGUCCCCAAACAUUUGAAGAUUAAUACUGAUUCCUACCAAAAGAUAUCUUUGAUUCGUAGAGUGAGGUUCAGGACUUUCCUAUUCAACCCGUUGCUGCUAAGAACAUAUUUUUUGCCAGAAAGGAAAUUAGGAGCACCCAAUAAAUUCAUCAAAUAUCAACAAACCUUAAUAAGGAAUUAGUUCUAAAAAGAAAAAUAUAGACAAUAAAACAGAACUACAAUAUAGGUGUGGAGCGAAAUUAACGCCAAACAUUUAAGUUGUUUGUUCGCCACGUAUGUUUGUUUGCCAGUGACAUACAUCUUCGAGGAGAUCCGUAACUUCGCUUCAGACAAGCCGGUGCUUCUUAGCUCGCCGCGACAAGUUAAUGAGUAUUCUUUUUAAAUAAAACGAAAGUGUUCAGCAUUCGAGUUAGUUAAAAUUGCUUACAGCAUAACUUAGAUUAAAUUCUUAUUAUGAACAAUUCUAUAGUUAGAUAAACGAUUUAUCUAACGAUUGAGAACGUUAAAUUGACAAAAUUGCAUUUUUUUUCAAAGUAAAGAACUAAAUUCAUCUUGCCGUAUUGACAAAGGUUUCUCCCGUGAUCCGGCGAUCUUUGUACUAUAAUAAUAAUAAGGUCGUCAGCCUUAGACGAGCGAUUCAAUUGAAACGGUUUCACAAGGCAGAGCUCGCUUUUCUCAGAACUUAAAGUAUCCACCGAGUCCCUGGAAUUGGUUUUUCUAUUGACAGUUGUUCCUUCUCGUGGUGGCAAACGAAGGCCAUUGGAACCGACGACAGCGGCAGCUAACGUUAACCAAUAAUACCGGGCCAGCGCAGCGCGUCGUUUGAUCAGAAAAGCCGAGAAGGGAACGGGAGCCCGUUGCGCCAACCCGGGUUCCCUUACCCUCUAACACCGGUUGAUUUGGUGGUCGUGCCACUAGCCAAGGCGGCUGACCCAGAAACCCUGAACUUGACGUAGCAACAGCGGCUUGUCCCGUCAGCAAUGGCACGCGUUGAGUCGCGACCAGCAUUGGCUUUACCUGGCCUCAGGCUUUCUCAGACUUCGUUAGCUUAACAAAACAAUACAGUGACCUACAAAACGGUUCGCUACAAGCCGGAACUACCUCUACGUAACCUAAACCUUACGUAAUCUAAGCCCCCCAGCUAGUUGCAACUCCCGUUUCAACGAUGAUUUCGGGUUACAACGACUGCCGUUACUUCAGUCACGAAUGGGUCUUCGUGUCUCCUAAGGCGGUUUUUCAAAGACUUUUCAGGUUUUGCUGUUUCACGCGAGUACAAAGCUAUCAUUCCCAUCCUCUUCCGAGGUCCUGCUGUUUCUUGGCCAGGUUUUGGUCGGCUGGUUCGUUUCAGUCGUCACCACCAUCAUAAUCGCCGACAUCGCUGUCGUCGUCCGUAUUAUCCGGCACUAGCAUCGUGGCCAAAAGCAGUGCUAUCGUUGAGUUGGCUGGUCUCCUCCUCGUCCUCCUUUCUCACCGUUGUUUCCCUCUUUCAGUGGUGGCAGCGCGGACUCGCGUCUUUAGAUCACUGGGUCAUCCUCCUCAGGUUCAUCGUCCCUUGCUGACCCGCCGGCAGAGGAUUGCUGCUGCUGCUGCCGCCGCCGCUGCCGCCGCUCUGCGCCACCAUCCCCGAACACCACCGUUAACAGCGACGGCUACGACGCGCCGCGCUGUUACUUCCGUAGUGCCGUUUGGCGAUAGCGCGCGUCGCUCCGCUCCCAGCCACUGAGCCGCCAGCAGCAGCAGCAGCAGCAGCUGAGCGGCCUGCAGAGUCUGCUGCCUACCGCAACCUGCAGUAGUCGUAGGGCCGUGGAACCGCAAGCCGUUUUGUUCGCCGUUGUGCCAGCUGCUACGGUCACUAUUGCUGUUAUUUUGUUGUUAAAACUAGUGGUAAUGGUUAGUUAGGUGCGGAAAAUUGGUCGUGGCAAUCGCGUCCUUCGGGAAGUCGGAACAGAGUGACUAACUUUUUGAAAAGGGUGCAAUUCUUGGACUCGGCUCUACAUAGAGAUAGAUAAAUAGAUAGAUAGAUAAAUAUAUAUAUAUAUAUAUAUAUAUAUAUAUAUAUAUAUGUGCAUACGAACUUAGAGCGGAAAAUAACUGUGUACCGCAACACAGAGGUGAAUGUAAAACUUCGGUGCUGAGUGAGCUUUCUGCUGGUGCUUGUCGUAUAGCAAGUACCCUGCUAAUUAGUAGCUUGCGGUCAGUGAAGUACAAUAGGUGGCUAGAGACAUUUGUUGUAUACAGAGGCCCGCCUGCCACAUAGACUGCAGCCCUGGAGGGCCUCGUGGUUAACGGCGGGAUGGAUGAUUCGGGGCUCGACUCGGUGAUGUCGAGUCCCAAAAACUGGAUCUCGACACAGAACAUGUUCUGCUCUAAAGUAGAGAUUCCGCAGCCGAGCACGCCUAGCCCAACGCUGUUAAAGGUUAGAGAUGAUCUGCUUCUCGAGGAACAUACAGUUGUUUCGCCUCCGCCAAAGUGGAAAGUUGAAGAACACAAGGCCAUACGCUCACAGAUUGAGAUCAUUCCGUGCAAAGUGUGUGGAGAUAAGAGUUCAGGUGUGCAUUAUGGCGUCAUCACUUGUGAAGGCUGCAAAGGUUUCUUCAGGCGGUCGCAAAGUUCAGUAGUCAACUAUCAAUGUCCACGACAGAAGAACUGCGUGGUUGACCGAGUGAACCGGAAUCGUUGCCAAUACUGCCGACUCCAGAAGUGCUUGGCAUUAGGGAUGAGUCGUGAUGCUGUUAAAUUUGGUCGAAUGAGCAAGAAGCAAAGAGAAAAGGUUGAAGAUGAGGUCCGCUUCCACCGUGCCCAAAUGGGUCUCACAAGCAACCCGUCAACACCGACUCCGGCUACCAGCUCCGACGUGGCGAUUCCGGACUCAACAGUGGUCAUUUAUGAGCCGCCGACCACGUUCCCGCAGCCCCAACAGGUAAACUAUCAGUUCCAAGAUGACUUGUCCACCGAUUUCUAUGCAUCCGCUUACGACUCGAAUGGCCUAUGCUCCACAAGUUUCGACGUUGACUUCCCUAACAUUCGGAGCAUCGACCCUAAUCAGUGCAGUGACGUAGACACGCUGUGUUCAACAACACUGGCUUCCACAACGCAGAUUCCCACCCAACCCGCACAUCUCGACUUGCUCUCGAAAACGAUUUGUGACGCCCAUCUCCGUACGUGUAUUCUCAGCGACCAGGAGAUUCGCAUGAAGAUUCUGCAAGCUAAAACGUCGGGAAAUAAUAAUUCGAAGCUUGAUUAUUAUCGUAACAUGUCACAGGAACAGCUUUGGGUCGACUGUGCGCAAAAGCUAACGCAGGUUAUUCAGCAGGUAAUAGAAUUCGCCAAAAUGAUUCCUGGUUUCAUGAAGCUUUCACAGGAUGACCAAAUCGUUCUGUUGAAGGCAGCCUGCUUCGAGCUCUGCUUGCUCCGUAUGACCCGAUAUUACGACACUGAAUCGAAUUGUGUCCUGUACGGCGACGUGCUGGUGCCUGCCGAUGCAUUUUUCACAUCGGACGCAGCCGAGAUCAAAUUCGUCACAAGUGUCUUCGACUUCGUACGUUUUCUCGCCGGGCUCCAAUUAGACGACACUCAAUUAGCGCUCUAUUGUGCGCUCGUUCUCGUCUCACCCGAGCGUGCCGGCUUGAAGUGCGUGGCUGAAAUUGAACGAGUAUCAAAUGCCCUCCAGAAAUGUCUUCGCUUCGAGACGUUGCGUGAGCAACCAAUCAAGGGUGAUGUCAAUCUCAUUGAUCACCUCCUGAGCCAGCAAAGCAUUCUUCGAAAUCUUUCUCGCUGCCAUCUCGAGGCCCUGCGUGCACUUAGGAUGUCCUGUCCCGAUAUUGAUCUGCCCCCGCUACAUAAGGAACUCUUUUCAACAGACUAGAAGCAAUCGUUGUAGCAGAAGACGAUGCAAGGGCAACAUACCGGCCGAGCGCAUAUCUACAAACAAAACACAUAAUGUGAAAUAUAUACACAAUAAAUACAUAGGAAUAGAUAAGUGGCCGUUAUUUGGAUCUGUUGAUCGAUGACGUUCGAAGUUCUAUAACGGAACAGUGAAGAUGCGAUUCGGAAUUCAUACGAUGGCCAUCCUGUUAUGUUCAGUCAUUAUUCAAUGACAAACAUGGAUCAUGCUGAGGUUUAAAAGAAGCUGGACUAACGCAUAUAUGAUACAUACGAUACUAAAUAGUCCAAUGUUGUACUUUUCUGUACUACUUCGUAGCCUGUACCCCUUACUCCUCAGUCCCCAACAACCUCUACCCGGAACCCCCCAGUUGUAUAUACUGUGCGUCGCUGUACAUAAAUACAUAAGUGCGAUAUUAUAUGUCGUUUCGUCGACACAUUGUGAACUGUAAUUGGUGAUAUUAAUUUAUGUUAUCAUUCGCUGGUAAUUUAAUUUAUAUAUAUGAUCCCAGCAACAAUUGCCUUACAACUAUUCUUAUUUGAAUAAUUAUAGUUAUAAACAGUGGACAUAUA